AUGCCUGUGAGCCGUGUCGCGAGCGCAAGACAAAAUGCGACGGCUCUCGCCCAGCGUGUCGUCGAUGUCUGCACACGGGCACCACCUGCUAUUACGGUUAUGGAAAAGGAUGGCGGAAACGAAAGUGAGUGGCCUUAUGGCGAGCCGUCGCUGAACAUGCUAACUUUCUUCGCCCUCUGUAGGACCGCCGAAGAUCUGACUGCCACCAGUAGGCGCCUGGCCCGGUAUGAGAGUCUACUCAACGACAUCUUGCCCAUGGUGUCUCCCGAGGUUCGAGCCCUGAUCGACGAGGCACGUGAGAAUGACACUUCGAAUGGAUCAGAAACGAACGACAACGACUAUAAUCCUGGUCCUCCACGGCUGGACGGGAGUAUUUCGGGAGCUCCUGGCGGUCGCAUCAUACUACCGCUGCCAGUCCCCAGUCCCCAUGUGCCCGGGGUGUCGCGGUCAUCGACAUCGUCGAGCACUUUUGAACCUGCUGGGCCGCCAGCGACACUUUCCACCGCCAGUUCUCAAACGUCCCAGCGGCUCUCACCCGACUCUAAUCAACUGACACGUCUCCCGUCCAUCACCGCCGGUGGCAUUUUGAUCGAAGAGGAACGCGCCGCCGACUUUUCACCGCCCAAGGCGCCGGGUGUGGACACGAGUGCAAUGCCUGGCCUGGAACGGCUGGUGCCCCUGCCUACGUCUCCCAGUCACUCUCCACAUGGAGACGUGACGCGACCUCAUCAGUUCUCCCCUGGUUAA